AUGGCUUCUGAUUUUAUCGACGAAGAAUCCGUUACAGAAGAUUACAACGACUUCGACAUUAUAAUAAUAGGAGCUGGUUUGGCUGGUCUCACUUGCGCGUACAAUAUUCUAAAGAGAAGUGCUGGGUUAGAAGUAUUAAUCAUCGAAGCAAAUAAAGAGGUUGGAGGACGGAUUCUAAAAGACUAUAGCGAUACUUUUCACGUCAAUUCCGUGCAAAAGCAUGUGACCAGCUUGAUAAAAGCAUUCCAUAUAAAGACUGAACGUGGACGUAAUAUCGAUGGGAAGGAAACGAUAUUGUACACGAAAUAUGGACCUUUGCAAAAUUUGCCUGGAUACAAUGGCGCAGAAGUUUACAAUUUCCUUCAAACGAUGGAAGAAAAUGCAUUGGAUCCAAAAUUUAGUAAUUAUACUUCUCACGAGAAAGCAGCACAGCUUGCAGAAACGAGCGUUGAACAGUUAUUGCGUAGAAUUAUUUAUCUUCCUUAUUCGCGUACAUUGUGUCGAGCAUUUAUUUGCAGCACGUGUGCUAUGAGAAAUCUAAAUAAUGUUUCGGCUCUAUGGAUGCUGGUUAUGUUGAACGGUGCUUCCGGUAUACUAAAUCGAUUGAAGAUUACGAUAGGCGAUAAUAAUCGAUAUUUCGUUCAAGGUGGUAUGACUAAAAUCGUGCAAGAAUUGUUUAAAAAUAUUUUGAAACAGGAUGGGAAAGUGAAAUUCGUAGAACGUGUUAACGAAAUCAAAUUUAACGACGAUAGAGCAUACGUGCGGACAGAAAAGAGCUACCUCAAAUGUGAAUUUGUAGUCGUAGCAGUGCCCCCGCCAAUGCAAAACCGUAUUGUCAUAAAAUCAUCGCCACAAGAAUCGUUGAAUCCACAGGGCCUGUACGCGGCAGGUGAAAACGUAUUUUUUAAACUUACUUACAAAAGACCACCGUGGAUCAACGAUUUCGCAGAAAAUAUUGUAACCCCAUGGGACACCAGUGCGAAUUUAAAUAUUAGUUACGAUGCAACGCAUGGAAAUACGGGGAUAUUUGUGCUCGCUGGAUUCCUUGGCGAACCUAAUGCAACACAGACCCAUAACAAAGGACUGUUUGAUAUACUAAAUGAAUGUUUUGGAACUACAGAAGCUCUAAGAUAUGUAAAAUAUAAAGAAUGGAAUUCCGUAACAUCGAACUUACAAACAAUAAGCAGUCCCAUGAGUGUAAUGAAGCCAACUACUGUAUUCGAUCAUAGCAACUACAUAGAUGAUCUUAAUGGUCAAAGUCGAGAAGAAAGUCAACAGCUCCUUUCAAGAUAUGCGCUAUCCAGUAUCUAG